AUGUGUUUAGCCCCGCGGUCACUGUUGUCGCCUCGUCAGCUGUUCUCAGACGAAAGCGAGAUUUUCCUUCGGCGUCGCACUUUUACGCAAAUUUAUCGCGAUGUCGACUUAUAAACCGGUGACGCAUGUUAUUUUUGACAUGGAUGGACUUCUGUUAGACACAGAGAGGCUGUACACCGAGGCCACACAGGUGAUUGCUUCGCAGUAUGGCAAGGUGUACACUUGGGAGAUUAAGGUCCAGUUGAUGGGCAUGAAGGGGCACAUGGCUGCCCAGCAUAUCAUUGACAGCCUCCAACUGCCUCUCACAGUUGACGAGUACCUUGCCAAAAUCAUAGAUCAGUACAAUAGUAUCUUUCCUAAUGCUAAAGUUUUGCCAGACACUGAGAAGCUUUACUCAGCUUCAACUCAGGCUGUGGUUAGUCCUUAUGGGAAGGAAUAUACCUGGGAGAUAAAGUGGCCUCUCAUGGGGCGGGUAGGCACUGAACUGGCCAAAGGAAUCAUAAAUGCCUUAGAAUUGCCAUUGUCACCAUCAGAAUAUCUUGUCAAGGUUGAGGAGGAAUAUAAAAAGAAUUUCCCUCAAGCACAGCUUCUACCAGGUGCAGAAAAGCUUGUGUUUCACCUCCAUAAACACAACAUUCCCAUUGCCAUUGCAUCAGGGGGAGCUCAAGAUAGUUUUGAGCUCAAGACAACCAAUCACAAGGAAUUAAUGUCCAAGUUUAGCCAUGUGGUGUUAGCCUCCACGGACCCAGAAGUGAAGAAUGGAAAGCCAGCGCCGGACGUGUUUCUCGUGUGCGCGAAUAGGUUUCCCGAUACGCCGAAACCGGAACAGUGCUUAGUGUUUGAGGAUGCGCCGAAUGGGGUGGCAGCAGGUGUGGCAGCAGGAAUGCAGGUUGUGAUGGUCCCAGAUCCUCGCAUGAAGGAGGAAAUGACCAAAGGUGCUACUCAGGUCCUCAAGUCACUAGAAGAUUUCAAGCCCGAGCUCUACGGGUUGCCACCUUACGAUGCUUAGGUCAUUUCCAGUGAUUAUCAGUGUAAAUUGUGAGAUAUUUCAUUUAUUUUAAUGUAUUUGGAUUUUCUUUUCUAUACUAUGCAGACUGUACAGUAUUGAAUUGAUUAUUUUUUGUGUAAUGUUUUAUUGGGGUUCGUAUUUUCAGAACUGUUAAUUGUUUUCAAGUUACUGAAAGGUAUAUGGUUGUGAUUUUCAGUAAACUGUCAGCUGUAUAAAUGUAAAAUAUGUAUUUUGAAAUUUUAAUGUGUCUAGAUACUGAAGUCAAUUUUGUGUAAAUAGUAAUUUUGAACAAUCCUCUAAUAUUGAAGUAUAUAUUAAAAAAAAAAAAUGUUUACCUGGUAAUGCUGUCAUGUCAUACUUGCUACAAACUAUUUUCACAAGUAAAAUCGUAUCUUAUUUUAUAAUUUCUUUUACCCAAAGAUAAAAAUCAGGUCUGUUACAUUUAUUUACAUUUUUUCCAAGCUUGGCAGCUUUAGACAGUGAAAGUUUGAAGAGAACAUCUUUUUAGUGCAAUGUGUUAUACAGAAAUGAUGCUAAUUUAACCUGUACGUUUUUUAAGGCUCAAGUUAAUUGUUUUUUUCUUUUAAGGAAAAUCAGUAACUAACCAUCAAUAAAUGGAUUCAAUAUUUUUUUAUAGAUGAUUUUUAAGCAAGUUGUAUGGCAGAUUUCUAAGAAUAAAUGUAGAUAUAACAUCAGUAUCAUUAAUAUUGCAUCAAUCAUCCAUCUCAUCAUCUAGUUGGUUAUAAUGGCUCAAUAAAUUUUGACCCAAUGAGUGGAGACCAACCCAACUAUGUAACCUACAGAUAUUGUGUUCUAGGCUAAUCCUGGAGUAGAUUCCAUCCAUCUAGUGACCAAACACUAUUAUGAAAUCAUGUUACAAUUCACAUGUGUUGAUGCUGUGUGGCAUGUACAAAAGGAAAUGACAUAAUAAAUGGGGAAAUCACAA